AUCCUUGUGCUUGGGAUUCCGCUGCUGCUGCUGCUGCUGCCGUCGUGAUGUUGCGCUGUGACGCUGUUGCUGCACUGCCAGGGGAGGCAGUGAGUGUGGCCGAUUCGCCCUCAGAUACCUCGAUGUUGGAUGAAACAGUGCCGCCAGGCGAUGCUGCACAGCUGGAUGACGAUUCGCUGGACGCAACUCUGCCGCCGCCGAGCCCGCUGGUUGCCGCUGCAGUGGAGCAGGAUUCCAUGGAAAGCUCAGAUUCAGUGGUGCUACUCAAUCAGACCAUAUCUCCCGCGGCACGCUCCGACACCGGGAAGUCCGCUUUUUCAGAUGAUCUAUUUGAUAGCGGGGAAAAUUCAGCGCCCGUCGAUGGAGCAACUUUUCUGGAUGUCACUGCGCCGCCUGUGGACGAGGGCAGUCGCGAAACGUCACCAGAGAUUGUAGUUGUUUUGGAGCGUGUCCAGCCGGAGGGCCAGGAUCGAGGCACGGAAAAUCGAACCCCCGAAGAACUGCGACGUACCGAUGUUGGUUGGGUGAAAACUUCAAAAAACUCGCAUCCAAAUGACGCAAAAGCUCGGAAGAAAGCCCCGCUCCAUUCAAGGUCACCGCUUGCCCCAACUCAGCCCCCGGCCGCACCCCGAUGGCUCUCCAAAACGAAAUCAUCGUGCCACAGUGGGACACUGGAUAGCUGGCUGCAACCAAAUAAACCGCCGACAUCCGAUCCCCACAUUGGUCCU